CUAAAGACCCUAUUAGUCGCGGUUCCUAUAUUUUGGGAACUAAUGGGGCUGAACGGAAGCCUCUUUUUCUACUAGUGCGUUCCUGCCGUGACCGUCAUGGGCAUGACAGCUGUAGCCGGUCAUCGCCGUAAUGCGCAUGGCCACCGUGGGAUUCAUUUUGUGUCUUCAUUUUGUUUUCGCGAGAUAGGGACAUGAAGACGACGAUCGGUAGAGCGGCGCUGACUAAGCUGGCAGCCGCCGGCCACAACUGUGAUGAGUACUCUUGCUUUACAGCCCACGAACAACACACCGUCGCCUCUACACGUCGAAAGUCAAGAGACCGAUUUUUGUGGCGGCAGGUAUCGCCCGGUCCGACGGGUCAACGACCGGGGAGGACUUGCCGUCACAACUCUCAUCGUGAGCAUAAUUGUGAGAUUUUCUCAGGCGUGUAACGGCCACGCACCUCACCUUCAGCUGAGAAAACAAUGCAAUACCCAUCAAGAGGCUAUACAUUUUGUUAUGCACCUGCAGAUGGAAGUUUCUCUUGCCCAGUACAUUGCUCUCCCUGGGGUUACACUUCUUAUUGGAUGGUUAAUACACUGGGUAUACAAAUGGAUCAACCCCACAUGCAAUGGGAUUCUUCCGCCUGGCUCCAUGGGAUUCCCUGUUAUCGGCGAGACCUUCCAGUUCAUCAAGGCAAACUCUUCCUUGGACAUGCCAGACUACUUCAAACUACGGAUGAGGAGAUACGGUCCUGUUUUCAAAACAAGCUUGUUCGGUCAGCCUGCGGUGUUCACUUGCGAUGCAGAGGUAAACCGGUUCAUCCUUAAGGAGGAGGGCAACGUGUUCCAGAUCGGGUACCCUGAGGCGGUGCGCAAAAUCUUCGGCGGCAAGAGCAUUGACGCAUUCAGGGGUGCAACCCAGAAGUUCAUCCGCAGGUUUUGUUUCACGCUGUUCGGCCUCGAGAACCUGAAAGAGGUGCUUCUUCCUGAGCUGGAGGGUGCCGUGAGAGAGUGCCUUGCAACGUGGGCCACCAAGCCUAGUGUCGACGUGCGCGGUGGCGCGCCAGAUAUUCUCUUUGAGCUCAUGACUAAGAAGUUCCUUAGUUUUGACGCGGCUAAGUCGGCGGAACUGCGAAAGAACAUCGAUACACUUUCCAAGGGAUUGCUCUCCUUCCCAAUAUACUUGCCUGGGACAGCAUUUUACCGAUCGAUGAAGGCAUGGAAAAAUGUGCGCAAGACAAUCCGAGAUACACUGACAGAGAGGUUGCGAACACCUGAUAAGAAACAUGGUGACAUGCUAGACCUGAUUGUGGAACAACUACAUUGUGAAGAGCCUUUGAUAAAUGAGAAUUUUGCUGUUGAUAUGGUUUCCACGUUAUUAUUCGCUGGCAUCUAUACACUGGCUGCAAUCAUUGCUAUAACAUUCAAGUCCCUACAUGAUAACCCUGAAGUUGUCCGUGCUCUCAAGGAGGAGAACCAAGCGAUACUGAAGAACCGGAAGGAUGGGAAUUCUAGGCUCACAUGGGAAGAGUGCAAGUCACUGAGAUUUACUACUCAGGUUACCAAUGAGAUUUUUCGAAUAAGCAAUGCCGCCAUAGGAGUUUUCCGGACAACUCUAAUGGACGCACAAGUAAAUGGUUAUACAAUUCCGGCUGGAUGGAUUGUCAUAGUGAACCCCAUGGCACUACAUCUCAAUGCGGAAGUGUUUGAAGAUCCACUCAAGUUUUACCCAUGGAGAUGGAUGGAUGAGACAAAACGUAGCACACUGCUUAAGAACUUUAUGCCAUUCGGAGCAGGCAUGAGGGUGUGUCCUGGAGCAGAAUAUAGCAAGGCUGUAGUAACACUUCUCAUCCAUGUUUUGGUGACUGAGUACAUAUGGGAGGAAAUCAGAGGCGGAGAUGUAUUCCGUAGCACAGAUGUGAUGUUUCCCAAGGGCUAUCACAUCCGACUUCAACCAAUCACGUAGGCAAAAGGAACUAGUGUUAGUCUAGAGAAAAAGGAUGUCAAACACAUGCCAAACUUCUGGCCAUGUGCUUCCUAUUAUCAUUGUGUUGUAAGGAAUUUCAAAAACUCG